AUCAGUACCAGCAGAGCCCCCGGAGCUUCCAACAAAACUGCCCUUCAUUCCCCCACAAAGCGAGCCGCAGCCUCCAGCCGUCCGUCCUGCCCGACAUGAAACAGACUCUGGCCGAACUGAUGAGGAUGAGCAGGAUAUGCCGGAUGGUAUUUGCCACUUGUUUGGGAUCCUUUAUUCUGGUCAUCUUUUAUUUCCAAAGUAUGUUCCAACCAGUCAUGCGGAGGAACCCCUUUGUGGUGGAUGGCUGCUGUAGGAAAGGGUCCCGCAACGCCCUGCAGGAGCUCUACAACCCCACACAGCCGGAGUUGUCUGGAGCCGCCGUCCUCCACCAGGCCAGGAGGGAUCAGGUAGUGGACGCCUGUCGAGUUUACAGCGCGUCCAGUCGUAAGCGGAGAGUCCUGACACCCGGAGACCUCAAACAUCUUGUGGUGGACGAGGACCACGAGCUUAUCUACUGCUAUGUCCCCAAGGUGGCCUGUACCAACUGGAAGCGUGUUAUGAUGGUGCUCACAGGCCGAGGCAAAUACAGUGACCCAAUGGAAAUCCCUUCCAAUGAAGCUCAUGUUCCCUCCAACUUGAAGACGCUGAAUCAGUACAGCAUCGCUGAGAUCAACCACCGCCUCAAGAACUACCUCAAGUUCCUCUUCGUUCGCGAGCCCUUUGAGAGGCUGGUCUCUGCAUACCGCAACAAGUUCACCCUCAAGUACAAUUCCUCCUUUCACAAGCGCUUUGGCACCCGAAUCGUCCGACGCUACCGCAAGAAUGCCACACAGGAAGCCCUGCUCAACGGUGCUGACGUCAAAUUCAAGGAAUUCGCCGAGUACCUGGUGGAUCCGGCCACGCAGCGUGACGGCCCACUCAACGAGCACUGGCAGACCGUCUACCAGCUGUGUCACCCGUGUCACAUCCACUACGACAUGGUGGGCAAGUAUGAGACGCUGGAGGAGGACGCAAACUACGUGUUGCGGCUGGUGGGUGUCGGCGACUCUCUGCGCUUCCCGAGCUACGCCAAGUCCACUCGCACCACAGAUGCCAUGACGGCUCAGUUCUUCAGCAAUAUCAGCACUCAGCAGCAGGUCCAGCUCUACCAGCUUUACAAGUUGGACUUCCUCAUGUUCAACUAUUCCAUACCCAGCUACCUGCGGCUGGACUAAUGGAGGACAGAGGUGGGACUCUGCGAGUGGCUACCUUGUUUAAAGAGAGGCAACAAAAAGAGCGAAGAGCAGAAUUUUUUUGGAAGCAAACUUGAUUUAAAAAACUGUCGUACCUUACAGGUCUGAAAUUGAUAUGUCAACAGGUGCUGAAAGAUUAAGGGAAUGCGUGCUUGUGUGGUUGUAAGUGGGAGGAUGUCCAAUCGGCAGAUACAGAGGGCACUGAUUGGACGAGAAUGUGGGCUUAAUGGACCAAACGCAUGCAAAGAGAGAAAUGUGUGGGCGAAGCAGGUCUUCAAGGUGUUUAGAAAGGGGAGCUUAUCCUCAGAGGACGGACUUGAAGAGGGAUUGUCCUGAUGAUGUUCCCUACGUGUUUAAACAAACUGCUGACAAAUUAGACUGCUUCCGAUUCUGCAAAGCAAACAGCGGCCUCGCACGCGCCCUGACCCCAAUGCAUCGUGGGAGCUAAGCUUAUCUCCCCCUCCCCCCGAUCAGUAGAGAAACUCCGUCAAAUUGUAAAACACAGUUCAUGUCCUUCUGCGCUGUCAGCGCGGUGAGUUAGCGCCCAUUACCCUUGCCCUCAUUAGAUUCAUACAUUUCAGAGGGAAAUUGGCUCAUCACCGCCUCAAGGAUGCCCUGUAAUUGAUGGCUACUGAUUUCAUUCUCAAGACCUCUACAGCUGUACCUGGUGGUGUCGCCUUCAGCCAAAAGUUUGAACAAAACAAAUUGUCACUGCGUUCUGUCGAUACGAUGCUGGCAGAAGAGACUUCUUCUGUUACACCCUGAGGACUCGGUGAAAUCAGAGACUCCUGCUGCAGCAGUGAAGUAUGGAAGUGCUUAAUAAACCAUCGCCUGUAACACCAAACAUCCCUAACAGUCUGAGCUACAGGACGAGGUUAGAAAGGUACGGGAGGGCUCAUGUGGAUGGGCUCACCAGCUGUGAGCCACAAGUCUGCCUGAAAGAAACGAGACGCCUGUGUGGUUGUGAGGAGGGUUAAAGGCACUGGAUCUCAUAACCACCAAGUCCUGCACAGGGGCUCAGUGGACACACCCAGGGCCACACCCACAAGGCCUGCUCCAACAACCAAACUUGUCUUUUAGUAUAUUAAGAGUAUCCUUUUGUCUUCAUGCUUAUUUUUAUUUUUAUGGUUUUAUGAAUCAUUGCUGCGAGCAGCAAUAACUAAAUACUAUUUAAUUUGCUUUGUUGUUUAACCUAAGAGAGAAAGAUUUAAUAUUUGUUUUCCUGAGCUGAUGAACAUUUUAGGACAUUUUUAAACUUGGACUGUUGUUAAGAGUUUUGUUUCAUCAUGCUGGCUUCUUUUUUCACAGUUUGCCUCUGAUACAUUAUCAGUGCAUCUCAGCGUUUCCAUUUCUGAAGGUUGUAUGUACACGUCCACCAGUGGCUUUGUCCUUCUGUGCCUGACAUCGUCAGAGAUUUAUGGGUUAGUUUGCAUUUACUGUUGUCAAACAUUUGCUGCCAAAAUGGCUGAGAGCCUCAGAGACCCACAGUCAGUGUUCAGUGCACAUUCCUGCCAUUAAGAUCCCCCUCCUCACCUCCACCUCCACCUCCACCUCCACCUCCACCUCACACACAAGCAGAACAUGAGAGCCGGCUGUGCACAUAUCAGCAGCGACUGCCCAUCACAGAGUCAGACUGGACCCCAUACUAUACUGGGAUUAAUGUUAGCGAUGCUAAGCAAUGUCAAGGUUAAUAACUACACUCCUCAUCACACUGUGAAUUGGAUCACAGGCGGUUGUGUAAGCAUCACACAGGACGGAGGGAGGGAACGUCUGACCUGCCUGCAUCACACAGUUUGGUCAAAAGCACUCCAGCUUCAGAGUAAAAGAGACGUUUCUUGGAAAAUCUGCAUCUCUUUGUUGCACAUGACUGAACCAGAAAUAUCUUAAGCAUUUGUGCACACUAUACCUCUCUCACUGUCUGUUACACCGAGAUGAACAAAGCCCCAGUUUGAAGAGGGAAACUGGUGCUUGAUUUCUGUAGCUCUGUUGGUAUUGAUAGUAUUGAAUGCACCAGACUCAGUGUAGAGAAAUGUUAAAGUCCUUGGAUCCCACAAGUACCAGACACUAUGUGUGGCGACUGGUUAGUGAUAAUUUAAUAACUUUGCCUGGAAUUACGGGAAUAUGCAUCACUAAAGAACAAUAUCAGCUGAUUUAAUGAGGGCCUUGAGGUGGGUCCCUUGUUACCUGAUCUUAAGACCAGGAUCUGAGGAGAGUCCCUUCAGUAUAAUUACCCUGGGACUGACUUUAUGGUUCAAUCUUUUGGAAUUAAGUUGUGGUAAUAGGAAUGUUUUCACGACAAGGUAUCAGCUGUAUCCUAUUCAUCACUGUCUCUUGAUCAGUGUCAAAUGGAAUUGACUCCAGCUCCCUGAAGGACUCUAAAAAUGAGACGUAGGUGUCGCUAAUAAAUUGUUGGUUGGAUGGAUUGAUAAAGGCUUUAAAAGUGGAGUAUGCUUUUUUUUUAAUCUAAUACAUUUUAUGUCAAAUUCAGUGAAUAUCUCCUCACGGUCCACUAGCUAUCUGUUCUGUGUAUGUGCUGGACAAAAUAUAGUUUCCUACACAGCCCUGGUUUUAUAAAUGAGAAACUAGCAAAGCUGUAGCAGCGUGCACGGUACAAGGGGAACAGGAGGAGAAACGAUGGGGGAAAGGAUGUCCCAACCUUUAAGGUGUGUCCUGAUUUGUUAGCUAAAGCCCUUUUUAAGGAUUUCCAGAAAAAGCACAGAAACAACAUCCUUAGAACAACAGAGGAGGACUGACAUGCAGUAGCCGUUACAUAAGAGGUACGAUCACAACAUGAAGAACCACAAUUACCCUGUUAUGUAAAAUGAGUACGCAUAAAGACAUAAAUGUCAAGUUGAAAGAGUGCCCUGUGUACAAAAUCCAGUUCGAAAGCUUUCAUAUUUUCAGCUGAUGCUGUGCUAAUGUGUUACAUAUUCCUUUAUUCCUUUAUGUCUAAUGAAAUUACCACACAGUCAUCAUGUGGCUGUUGUUUAAGCAGAGCUGUACAGUUGGUAACGCUGUCAGGGUUUUCCAUUCAGCUUCUACCGACAAACAGAUUGGUAUUGUCACACUACAUCAUUACAUUGAAGCUAUUAGACUGAAUAAAAUGUCAUUGGGUCAUGUUUGAGCUACUCUGCUUCUUCACAGACUUUAAAUAUCAAGCUCACUUUACUCAUCACUGCUAGUGCCACUCAAAAUGUGAAGAGUAGUAUAGUGUUGUAUGUAGAGGGAGCUUUCCAACCCUGAACAUGUCAACAGAAUGUCAUCAGCAUUAUCUGGUUGCAGCAAACCGGUGACGGACAUGAGUGUUUGCUGGUCUAAAGCAAAAACAUGCUACAGGGUUGCAUUGUAGGACUGAGUGGUUACAGACUAAAGGUCAGGACAUGCCACCUGCAGCUACUUCAGCGCUGACCAUUUGUUUUUAAAUGUCCCACAGUUGGGGCGUCCAGAUAGCUCAACGGGUUGAGUGGGCGGCCCACAUACAGGGGAUGUGGUCCUCGACGCAGCGGCCGCGGUUCGAUUCCAACCCCCCAAAAACAUCUUUAAAUGUCCCCCAGCUUUUUGGAAGUGCAAUGUGAAAGGCCAGGAGUAGCACCUUUAAAUUCAAUCUGCAAAUAAACUCUACAGCUUGAAAUGUUUAUAACAGGUAGUUUACUUUGAUAUCUUAAUUCUAGACUGAUAUUUAGUUGGCUGCUGCUACAACUCCAUGUUCCCUGUAAAGUUUCUCUAGUGGUAACUCCGUGUCUCUAAAUGAAGCUGGUGUGUGAAAUACCAGCAUCACUGAGAGUCUGAUGACCUUAGAUUAUAAAUAGAUGUAUUUUCUAUUUCCUUCAGGGCCACAUUCUGGUGGUGUUUCAGCUGCAAACCUCCUCUUAUAGCUUUUGAAGUAUUAUUACCGUACAUGUGUGCACAUGCCUGUGUGUGGGGUUAUAAUGAGAGAACAGCCUUAUUUUUCCUUGUUUGCCCCCUCACAGACAUCUGGCUCUAAUAAAGCAGAGGAGCUACCAGCCGGGCCUGUAGCGCUGGCCCUCGUCCUCAUGCAGAAACAAUGGCUAUAUUCUCAGCACGGCCUCCUCCUGGGUCAGGAGCACAACAACACUCGCUGAUGUUAAUGCCACGCAGCAUCUUACUCAGCAGUUGCAGGACGAGGCUCAGGCAGGCAACACCUCUCCACUUUAGCACAGUGUCUGAGGCUGAGCUUAAACUGCUCAUUUAGCCCCCAGAAUGGAAGAGCAACGAUACACAAAGGACCUCUUAGCCUGCAAACAAGCCAUUACAGAGAUCUCUCCUUCUCCUCGCUCCAUUUUCUCCUCUCCCACCUCGCUUCUAAAGUGGCCUCCUGUGUUAAGAAAAACACAAGCAAGUCGAUGUCGAUGAUCCCUACUGUCCCUGCAGGGAAAGGGCCAGCUCAAACAAACAGAGCCGCUAAAAAAAUGUCCGCAGGGAUUCAAACAAGCACUGAGAGGCCUCAGCGGACUCUCUGCCCAGGAUAAAAACCCAGCAGCCUCAUUGGAGUGUUUUCGUCCCUAUUCUUAACUCCACCGUCUGCAUGAGAGCUGCUCACUGGCCAGCCCUGUCCCUCUGUAGGAGUGUUUAUAUUCAAGUCAAGCCGACGGCUGUAUUUAUGUUGUUUUGGAACGACGUCUACUGUUAGACUGAACUACAUAUUUGCUUUUUUUUUUGCUGAAAGGAACACAGGAAGUCUUCUAGACAUAUCUGACAGUGUUUUCCCCUCAAGGAGGCGUGAGUGACGUAAUAUGUGCUUAUUUUGUUAUUGACGCACAUUUUGUAAAUAGAGUAAAGAGUAAAGUCACAGGCAGGGAAACACUUAAAGUGAUGGUUCAACAUUUACGACAUUUGCAUUCUUGCUGAGAAUUACAUUAGAAGAUUGAUUUUACUCAUCUGUGUCCAUCUGUUGUAUAUGGAGCUACGGCUAUGAGCUAGUUAGCUUAGCAUUGACUGGAUGUGUUAUGAGAUGAAAGAUAAGUCAACAAUUCAGAAUAGCAAAAUAAGAAAAUAAGAAGAAGCAAAAGUCAAAAUGUAUAAACAGACAAAUAAUUUAGUGAAUAAAUGAAAUCAAAAGACUUAAAAUGUAGAUCUUGGGUUUGGUUUUAAAAACAUCAACAUUCUCAGCUGUCCUCAGGUCUUGAGGAAAUUUGUUCCAGAGAUGCGGCCCAUAUUAACAGACUUUGGCUCUGACUUUAGAUCUAUUAAAAGGUCACUACCAAAAGACCUGAGGGUUCUAGAAGGUUCACAGGAUUCAAUAAAUGCGUAGAACUAAGACAAUACAGGGCUUGGAAACCAAUAAAGGAUCCAAAAAUUAAUUCUAAAGCAGACAAACAGCUCGUGCAGAGACUAACAUUGGUGUAUUGUGUUCUCUAAUCAACUUAAUCAACUUACAUGCAGUUACUCAUAGCAGUGGACUUAUGUCCUCACCCUAAUGCCAUUUAUAUUGUAAGAUCAACAACUUUAGAACAGCUUCACUUGGAACAACUGUUCCUUGUUUUGUUAUUUUAUUUUACAUCAAAAAGUUUAUUCUACGUGUGUCCUCAUGCUGUCCUUCUACACAGCAGUCAUGCCUGUAGAAACAAGGAUAAAAUGAGUGACCAAAGAAGUGACUAUUUGGUCUACAGACAUGUGUCCAGCAGGAAUAACAAUCAAUCAGUUGUCCGAUGAUGAUGCCUCUUCUGCAGAACUGAAUUUCUAUUUUUGCUUUUUAAAUACGUUUCACCUUCAUCCAAACGACAAAAUGUGUCACUCAGCGUCUCAUCCAGCACGAACCAAGUCCAGCUGUUUUCUCUUAAAGCUCUUAAGAUUACUGGAUGAAUGAAAGUCUACACAGAUAUGUCACUACAAUAAAAAUAAAUUAAUAAACAAACAACAUUUUAGGGCAAUCGUUUGUUAAGCCAUUAGGUGUUGUCACAUGAGAUGUGUCUCCCAACACAUCCAGAGUUCACAUUGCAUUGAAUUUUCAUUGGCUGUUUCCACUCCAAUGCUAAGCUAACGUGCUGCUAGUUGUAGUUAUAACAAGAGUGAUACAAGUAGGGCAGCAAUCUUCUUGUCUAACUCUCAGCAAGACAGCAGAAAAGUGUCCUCCCUAACCUGCAACACUACAUCUUUACAUCAGAGGAUAUCUACGGAAGGCGCUUUGUACAGCUCCACAGGGUUUAUUAUACCAGACACACAAUAUCUGAAAGUAUAUUUGAAAGCUUAUCACAUUUCAUAUCAUCAGCACGGAGGGACAAAGCCACGACAGGUUUUUUUUUCACGCUCCUUCUCUGCCUGCUACGUCGGACAUAUCUACAGUCCCGGUGCAGGAUGUUUUUGUACAGUGUAGACAUGAUGUCAUUCAUUCUGCUGUUGUUGUUUUUUUUGAGCUGUAUGUUUGGAUGUGAUAUCGAUUCAUUACUUUUGGUUGCCUCACACACACACAGACACACACUGCCAUUGUGUGGCACUCUUGUUUCUCUGUGCCUUUCACUCACAGCAGCACAGAGACGCUGAAAAGACGCAGAGCAGCUCGUCUGUGUGGUCACCUCCGGCGUCAGAAAUCAGAAAACGAUUGGAGCCACUUAGACCUGAAACGAUUCUACACUCCAUUUAACGUUUGUUUCUUAUAGAGGAAAUAAUUACAAAAUUGAUUUUCUUUAAUCUAACGUCUGCUUUAGAAGUGUAGAAUUACCAUGGCACUGCUCAAAGAUCACGGAGGAUGACUUCGUAGGUACAGCUGACAGAGAAAGGGUUUUAUUUUUACAGCUUUUAUUCCAGCUUAAAAUGAAUAUUGCUGCUGAUUCGGUUAGCUAGUUUUGUCGUCUACACAAACUUUUGACAGAAGGGAGGACAUGCAGCAGCAACCCACAGAUCACACGUACAGCGACACCUGUAAGGAUGUGUUUUUGACUUGAAGAGAACUCCAUUCACACUCCCAAACUUCACUUUGCACAUGACACAGUCCCACAGUACUUACACACACACACACGUAUCCAUACAAUCUCUGCAAUGUAACACAGUGGAGCUUCUGCAGAGGCCCAUGCCAGACGUUUAACGAGCUGAGAAAAGCUCCGAGUCCCCUCCUGUCUCCUGGGCCUCAGGUCAUGUUCACACUCAUGUGGCUGAAUGUUCUCAAACACAGGUAGGAACAGUGCCAUGUUUGAGGGAAGAAUGCUUUAACGUAAUUGUCAUGUGACCCAACUUUGAGAAUCUUGACUUGCACUUUUUCUUCAGACAAGCUCCAAACACAGCAGAAAGAACCUUUCAAAAAACUGUCAAAGGUCUCGUUGUGCACAUCAAAAAGGAGCUUUCUUUAGGAGGCAAUCUGAGCUGGUUACAAUUUGGAUCAUAAUUUAGGCUUUUGGUCACUAAAUACAAAAAUAGAAUAAAUAGAAUAACGGGGGAUAUACACCAGCAGGCACAGGAACUAAAAGGUUGUCAACAGUUUACCCAGGUGUUAUGUAAACCUCUUUAUUUAGAGGUCAAACUGCAAGUGACUCAGCUGUAGACUAGUAAUGUAAUCCCUUGUUGCACAGAAAAACUGUGUCCAUAAAUACAGCAAGUGAAAAUCUACCUUCUGUAACAGUCUGGACCUGUGCUCACUCUGAUUUAAAGCCCACUUUUCAUAUUCAGCUCUUCAAACAGGCCUGUUGUUGUGCUUAAUGAGGGCUUUUUGGUAUUGAUCAAAACAGCCGACCAAUCAAAACAAUAGAUCUAUAAAAGAUGGAUGUAGUCUAAGGUGAAAACAACACAAAGUGCCUUCAAUGUGCAUUCUCUCUGACAGCCAGCAGGGGGCGACUCUUCUGGCUGCAAAGAGAAGUCUGAUUGUAUAGAAGUCUGUAAGAAAAUGAGACUAACUCUCUCUUGAUUUGUGGCCUCAGUAAACAUCUUCCUCAUGAGUUUAUGGUCUCAGUCGCUAGUUUCAAGUUUCCCUCAACACACCACGAUAGCAUAGCACUGUGUACAAUGAAAUAAUCCUGGCAGAGCAUUCACAAAAUCAGACAACGUUUUAAAAGUACAGUAGGAAAUGAACAAAUAGAAAAUAUAAAGAUCUAGUAGAAACAUAGAAUGCACUCUAUGAAAACAGUAAUACAGCUUGUUGUGGUGAGGACCAGCAUGAUGUUCAUUUAGUAAAUUAUAGUUUGCAGUAAAACCAUUUAGAGUAAGAUAGAGAACAAAGCAGAGAAGGACUGCAUUCUGACAGGCAGGUUACUACUGCAGCACCAUGUGUACUGUCCUCAUCACUUCUUGUUUCUUAACUGGAGUUUGGCAAAGUUUAGGCACCAAAACUACUCGGUUAGGUUCAGGAAAGGAUCUUGGCUUCAUUUAAAAUACAAACCGUCACCAUGUUCACCACAUUACAACCAUCUUUUUUGUCCACUCAGACACACAGCUGCAAGAGGCUGCCGAUGUUAUAUUACCGUCUGUUCAUCAAUGAUCAGAACGGAUGGUAGUGUGUCUACUGAGCCUACAAGAAGGUAGAGGAGGUCCCUCCAGGCCAAUGUGGGAACGACGUGUUUAAAAGUCACGUUUCCUGCCCUGUUGUCGUGUUGUUGCCAUGUUCCAAGAGCAGGUAACUUGGUAGAAACAGUGUUAUGAUCACCAAUAGAUAAUUGUGUCCGAGUGUACACAGCUAAAACCCAAGUUACAUUAAACUGAAACUGUCCUUUAAACAAGCUGCUACAGGUCCAGAAAACUUUCUGCCCUGUUCGAAAAGUUCUGAGCAGAGCAGGAUGUGAACAGUGGGACACAUUUAACUGAUGUUCUCAGAGUGGGUGGAAGGUUUCUUCCAUGUGAACAGAGGUUUCAGAUUUGUCCACAUUACUGUGGCCGUGGCCUCAGCUGUCCUGCCAGCUCUCCAGUGUCUCUGUGCUGCCCUGACAUCAUGUACGUCCUCCUGCAGAGGUCACACACCUCCGUGGUGUCCAGCUGCCUCCCGGGCUGUCAGACGGCCUGAUGCUGCUGUGAUCUGUACAGUGAUGUGUGUGUGUGUGUGUGUGUGUGUGUGUGUGUGUGUGUGUGUGUGUGUGUGUGUGACCUUUGAAGGAAUGAUCGGUGGCAUCUCAUCCUGAUUUUAUAUCAUGUCAUCAGCGUUUUUCACCAUGCGCGUUAAAUGCUUUUGUGCUGUAUCUCCAUAGAAGUGAGGUGGCUGGAUGGUGGCUGUGUGUAGGUGGUGUGUGUGUGUGUGUGUGUGUGUGUGUGAGUGUGUGUUAACACUGUGCUGUACCCGCUCUGCCUUAGAGGGAUGGUCUCCAAGGAAGGCGAGACACUCAUUCUAACAUGCGCCAUUUAUUUAUUUAUUUAUUCUCAGACAACCUCCCAUACUGCUUCCUCGCUAUUACCAUGGCAACACACCUAAACUCUCUGUAUCUGACUUUUCCUCCCGGGACAGCCUCUCGCUGUUCUGUUUUACUCCGUUCAUUUUCAGGCGUACUUACCGAAACCAUGAAUAAUUGACUGUGUACUGAACACUGAGUGUGGGAGAGUGGUGUGGAUCCUCCAGCAGCGCGACCCGCGGUUCAUUCUGUCUGAUGUUUUCACAAUAAAAUAACACUGAAACUCA